AUGCGGAUCUCCUUCCUCCUUCUCACCGCCUCUCUGUGUGCCUCGGUCCUCCUCUUCACACCUGCCUCGGAGGGCUGCGGGCCGGGGAGGGGGUACGGCAAGAGGCGCCUCCCGAAGAAGCUCACCCCGCUCGCCUACAAGCAAUUCAGCCCGAACGUGGCCGAGAAGACGCUCGGAGCCAGCGGGCGGCCCGAGGGCAAAAUCACGCGCAAUUCCGAGCGCUUCAAAGAACUGACGCCCAACUACAACACAGACAUUAUCUUCAAGGAUGAGGAGAACACGGGCGCCGACAGACUCAUGACUCAGCGUUGUAAAGACAAGUUAAACUCUCUGGCCAUCUCUGUGAUGAACAUGUGGCCGGGUGUUAAACUAAGAGUGACUGAGGGCUGGGACGAGGACGGUCACCACUCAGAGGACUCACUGCACUACGAGGGACGAGCCGUCGACAUCACCACCUCAGACAGGGACAGAAACAAGUAUGCAAUGUUGGCACGGUUGGCUGUAGAAGCCGGAUUUGACUGGGUCUACUACGAGUCCAAAGCUCACAUUCACUGCAGUGUGAAGUCAGAACAUUCUGUGGCAGCAAAAACUGGCGGCUGUUUCCCCGGCGAUGCUACAGUUCUCCUCGAGGGCGGAGCUACUAAACAGAUACGUGACCUUCACCCCGGCGAUCGUGUCCUUGCUUCCUCAUCCACAGAUGGCCAGGGUCCACUUCUUUACAGCCCCGUCUUAUCUUUUCUGGAUCGCCAGCCCAAUGUCACAAAGACCUUUUAUAUCAUCAGAACCAACGCAGGACUAAACAUUACGCUCACCGCUGCACAUCUCGUCUUUGUCGCCGACUGCCCCGGUGAGUUGAGCAGGUCGAGGUCAGCAGAGGCUGCUGAAGUUCCCUUUGUAGGUUCCACACAGCGGGGCGGGCCGAGCUCUGCGGGUGUAGCAGGUUUGAGAACAGUUUUUGCCAGUGAUGUUCGGCCGGGACAGUGUGUACUCGCAUCGCGGGGAAAAGCAGGAUCGGAAUUCACCCUGUCCGUUGUGACGUAUGUGGCGGUGCAAAGGAGCACCGGGUUGUUUGCCCCGCUAACCCAGCACGGGUCUAUCGUGGUGAACGGUGUGCUGGCAUCCUGCUACGCUGCUCUGGACAUGCACCAUUUGGCCCACUGGGUCAUGGCCCCACUGCGAUUCUUCUACAGCCUGAUGGGACCUUCAGAACCACAGGUGGACGGGCUGCACUGGUACCCCAAGCUUCUGCAGAGGGUGGGGCAAAGCCUGCUGGAUCCCCAACACUUCCACCCCUGGGGAAUUGAGCAAGAACACAGAUAGGAGGGACAGAGAGACAUGUGACUGAUUCAUUCACCCACCAAAAUCCAGGAAAAGCACAAAACACAGCGGUUGUCUGAUAGACAGCUCAACAGAGAGACGAGCUUUUUUCCAUGAACUGUAAUCGUAUUUGAUGUACUUCAAACAUCCUUUGCUGCGUGUGUGAAAAAGUGUAUGCCAAAGAAAGAAAAAGACAGAUUUAAAA